CUUGAAAAGAGAUAUGUCGUAUUGGGGUAAACGUCAACAGUCCCGUGUUUAUUCCACAUUACAUGUCCCCAAUUAACGCCAGUACGAGUCCCAAAAGAGUUCAAUAAUUUGUAAUCUAUCCUUUUUCGUUGACUGCCGUGAGUUAAUAAAUUAAGUUAUUGAAAGAGAAAGGAUGAAUCGAAGUGACGGAUUGGUACAGAGGCGUAGAGUUGUUAACAGCAAUAGUGGUAAUGGAUUGGGACAGGAAGGUGGAACACCUGAUCAAAGUGGUGGCUACAAUGAUCAAUCAUCGGGAUACGGUGGUGACAAUGACAGUAAUUCGCUGAAGGACCUCAAUUCAAAUCCAACCGUCGAUGAAGAUUCAGACAAAGAGACACGACUGACACUCAUGGAGGAGGUACUUCUGCUUGGACUCAAAGAUAAAGAGGGCUACACAUCCUUUUGGAAUGACUGCAUAAGCUCGGGCCUCAGGGGCUGUAUCCUAGCUGAACUCGGCUUGAGAGGACGAGUUGAGCUGGAAAAGGCUGGUAUGCGUAAGAGGGGUCUCCUUUCACGUAAAUUAUUGGUCAAGAGUGAUGCACCAACUGGCGAUGUUCUUCUCGAUGAAGCACUCAAACACCUGAAGGAAUAUGAUCCACCAGAACCUGUUCAGAGUUGGAUCGAGUAUCUCAGUGGGGAAACAUGGAAUCCACUGAAGCUACGGUACCAGUUGAAAAACGUUAGGGAGAGAUUAGCUAAGAAUUUAGUUGAGAAGGGAGUUCUCACGACUGAAAAACAGAACUUCCUGCUGUUUGAUAUGACCACACAUCCGCUGACAGAUAAUUUGGCGAAGACGCGUCUCGUUAAAAAGAUACAAGAGGCUGUUCUUUGUCGUUGGGUUAACGAUGCCGGUCGAAUGGACAGAAGAACACUAGCACUUGUUAUAUUAGCAUACGCUGCUGAUGUAUUAGAGAAUGCAUUCGCACCACUGUCAGACGAUGAUUACGAAGUGGCAAUGCGUCGAGUAAGGACACUGUUGGAUCUUGACUUUGAAGCUGAAGCUGCCAAGCCAAAUGCGAAUCCCGUAUUAUGGGCUGUCUUUGCUGCAUUCAAUAAGUAGCAAUGGGAAGACAUAAAGAGUAUUCACAAGUGUGACAGUGAGUGUGUCAGUUUACGUGUACAAUCGUCCAUUAAUAUCAUAUCCCAGACCAAGUCGUUGAUGUUCUGAUGUAACAGAUCGUAACGGAAUCAUUUCGAAAGAUUAAAAUGUGCCAUUACAAUCGUGAAAACAUGAAUUACGGUAGAAUAUUGAUCAUUCCUCUGGGGCUCUGCGAUUUUUGUGAGCAUGGAGAGAAGCGAGGAGAAGAGAUUUGAGUUUAAAUCAAAUUCUCUGGGUGGUAGUGAAGCAGUUGACUCUUUCUUUGAUGCGUCAAUGCUGCGGACGGAAUGAUCAGAGGAAAAUAAAGAUUUUUGCAAUAAUUAAAAUAUACGAGAAGAGCUAUGAACACAUUCUCAGAGUUUCAUAAUUUGUAGAAUUUUUUCACUUCGACAUAUUUCUUUUUUGUUUCCAUUUCUAUUUCAUCGAAAGGCACCAAUAUCGUAUAAAUCUCUCGCCUAGUGGCGAAUGAAAAUUCGGAAUGAUUGAAAUAUACUGCCACUUUGACAUUCUCAUCAGUACUGUUGUUGUGGCAAAACAACAAUACUGGAGGGGGUAUGUUAACGGAAUGAUUGUAAUCCUACAAUUUGUCACGUAUUAACAUUUUAUGUGUUAUCGACGCUUCGUGAGCAUGUCAUUACACCAAAUGAGUUUUUAUGUACUGGGUGUCCCAAAACUCCUCAAUUCCCAAAUCUCUCUCGGAAUGAAAGACGGUGGAAUUCUGAGGCGAAUGUUCCCCUUCGACUUUUGUCCCGGGCGUCAGUUAUCGGGUCUCUAAUUAGUGAACUUGAAAAAUGACGGCAGAGGCCAGAUUUGCAUUGGGGUAGCAACUGGGGGACAGGAACGAAAACAAACGAGGAGAGGGGAGGGUUCCUCUGAUGUGGAUACCAGAACCUUUGACUCAAUCCGAUUUCCCUGAAGGUCAGAACCGAACCCCUCUCCCCUCCCCAUUUCCGCCACUUCUUCAGUACUAUUGAAUUUGCACUGUUAUGCAAAUAAUUUAGAUCAUAAAGUUGACUCCAACCGAAGUGCUGCUGAAUUUGUAAGAAAAUGACCCCCCAGUGGCUACGCCGUAAUGAAUCAAGUUCAGCACCGCUACAAUUUGUCAGCUUCAUUUAUAACUCAUUAACUAAGCCCCGGAGCUAGAAAACGAAUCGGAAAUUUCAACUUAGAGUGUCACUGUCCUUCAUUCCACGAGAGAUAACACGGGAGUUUUGGAAGACCAAGUAUUGUAGGUUGGACGUACUGAUAACAUUUGAGAACAAACAUUUUCUCUUUCGAUUCAGAAUUUACGGGACGUACGUGAGUGUCAUUGUUAAUGAUGCAUGUUUCCUUUUCAUUAUAUUUCUGAUUUAUUACCAUUCCAGUAAAUUAAUGGGGGGGAGAAUAUUAUAUGCAAUGCAUGGAGCAUCUAUGCACUAUUCAGCCUCUCACUUGGUUUUUAUUUCGAAAUAUUGCAUUCAUUAAUGGUGACACUCACGUAAUUGCACACAUGGUGCAAUUCAAUAAAAAUACCAAUUUGAAGAUAUAAUAAUCAUAGACGGAGUUGUGAGUAUGACUCGCGCUAAUGUGGGUAACGAAAAUCUGAAAUCCUUCGCUAAGGAUCGAACGAAGUUUCGUGAUGUUUAUGAGUUCUGUUGUAUAAAGGCAUGUGACGUAAAUGAUUUUGAAUUCACUGUACCGCGAGUAAACGGAAUAAUUGAAUUCAAGAAUUUAAUCAUUGAGGGUUAGAAUAUUUUAUAUUUUACUGUUCUUUUCGGUUUUAAUGUCAAUUAGUUUUUUUUCUCGUUUGGGAUCAUGAUUAUUUGAGAAUUAAUUACAGAAAGAGGAACAACUGUUUCCUGAUUAUUUUUAAAUUAUAAAAAAUAUAGUUGACUGUACAGUUAUAGAGAGAAGAUAUUACCAUGUAUUUACAUUCAAUAGUUACUUAAUAUCGAUCAUCAUUAGAAAUUGUAUUACAAUUAAGGGAAAUUAAAUAAAUACAAUUAAAUCAG